UCUCACCAACCUACAAAAUCCUCCUUAUUCUAACGCGUCAGCAGCUCUUUCUCUCUCUAAGCAUUUUAGACCAGUGGUCACGAGCCCUCACUCCAUUUUUCUCUCUCUCUAGAAAGUGAUUAGCUCGUGACUGACGAACUCAGUGCCUAUUGCUGCUGUUAGUGGAAAGUAACGGAAUAUAUAUAUACACUCUCUUCUUCUUCUGCUGCUAUUUGCUUGCGGCAAUGUGAAUGUUGAAUGUGUGAAAUCUAGGGUUUUUGGAUUGUGGAUUUUAGAUCUUUAGUAGAUCUAGGGUUUUGAUUCUCAUUUCAUUGGAUUUUGUUAGUUCGUUUCUGCCGCCGCCGUUGCCACCGUGUUUUACUCAAUGGCAACGCCUUUUCACUUGCCAGUCACUGCUGCUCAGGUUGGGACGUACUUCGUGGGCCAGUAUUAUCAGAUGUUACAGACCCAGCCCGAUUUUGUUCACCAGUUCUACAGUGAUGCUAGUACCGUGCUUCGAAUUGAUUCCAGCACCAGGGAGACCGCUUCAGGGAUGCUGCAAAUCCACACCCUCGUCAUGUCGCUUCACUAUACUGGGAUAGAGAUUAAGACACUUCAUUCCUUGGAAUCAUGGAAUGGUGGUGUCCUAGUGAUGGUUUCAGGUUCUGUCCACGUGAAAGGUAUCAACAGGAGUAGGAAGUUCGUACAAACAUUUUUCCUUGCACCCCAGGAAAAGGGAUACUUUGUCCUCAAUGAUAUCUUUCACUAUGUUGAUGAGGAACAAAUUCUUCAGCAUCCGGUGCCCUAUCUAGGGCAGACUAGCCUCGAUUCCAAGCUGAAUGUCUCCACUGCAAUUCAAGAGCAAGUACCCAACUACAUGCUUGGUGGAGAAAUCCAGGCAAGGGAGUUUGCUGCUCCUCCUAAAAUUCAAGAUAAUGGGCCUGUCAAUAACUACAGUUUUCCGGAGGAACGGCUGCAGCAUGUCCCUGAAGCUGAGAAGAUCCUUGAAGAUAAUUUUGCAGCACAGUCAAAUGGCUCACUUCAAAGUACAAUUAAUGCAGUACAAGAACAUUUAUCCAGUCCUAUUGAGGAACCAGUUGCAGAGCCCCAAAAGCACACUUAUGCUUCUAUUUUACAGGUUACUAAAGGGCAGUCUGCACAAGGAGGACCAGCUCAGUCUUCUUUCAACAAACCUACACCUCCUCCUUCAGAGUGGCAACAUGUGUCAGAGCCUCCUAGUCUGUCAUCGGUUCCAUCGACUAAUGCUAUUGAGAGGUCUAUAACAGAGGCAACAGAAGAGGCUUCAGCUGUGGAAGAUGAAGUUGAAGUCAAGUCUGUAUAUGUCAAAAACGUGCCUACAACGAUGGCGGCUUAUGAAAUCGAGGAGGAAUUCAAAAAGUUUGGUAAACUAAAGCCUGAUGCUGUUGCCAUUAGAACGCGAAAGGACAUUGAUGUGUGCUAUGCAUUUGUCGAAUUUGAAGAUGUAACUGGUGUUCAGAAUGCAAUUGAGGCAUCUACUGUUCAGAUUGGUGGACACCAGUUGUACAUUGAAGGGAGGAGACCAAACAGAAACAACUUAAUUCGAGGAAGAGGAAGGGGUAGAGGCAGAGUUAGCUACUCCAUGGACGGGAGGGGGCGCUAUGGCAGCCGUGGUUUUGGCAGAGGUGGUCAAGAUGGAGGUGACCGUGACUACGGAAGAUCAAGAGGAAAUGGUUACUAUAGACAAGCUCCUCGGCAAGAAAGAGCUUACUCUGGCAAUCAGCAAAGCUUGAGAAAUGAGCAGUACUCAUGGGAAUAAGCAAGUUGAAUUUUUGAAGGACAAUACCUUCCUUCCAUACAAGCCAUUUUGCGAACAGCUUAUUCAUCUUCAAAGUUUUCGAAAAGAUUAGUAUACUUUGAGAAGCAUCAAAAUUUAGAUUUAUUGGAUGGAAUCAUCCCAAAUACAUAUAUUUUUUGGCAGAAAUAGCAAGUGUUUUUUUAACUUACAUGAAGUUACCGAAAAGGGGUUUUAAUGCAGUUUUGGCCUGCUGCUGGAUGUUCUGCACAAGUUGUCCAUUAGAUGUUUUCCUUUUAA